AUGGCUUAUAUUUGAUUAUUUCAUUAAAUUAAUGAAAUUUCAUUAAAUUAUCAGCCGAAUUUUAUCAUCUGAGACUCUGAACUAUAAGAUUAUUCAAUGAAGGAUCCAAACUGUCACAGAAACAAGUAAACGGGAACAAAGACAAACGAACAUGAAAAUGAUUAAAAUCAGUUUGUAUGCAGUUAUAUUUGAUUUCAUACUGACUUGUAGUAUUAACGCGCUAAUGUGUAAUGACGCUGUUUAAACAGCAGGCGGCACUGUGUAAUACAUGACGUAAUCCUUUGGCAUCAGGUGACUUACCCGGAAGAGAGAGACGAGACUUCACGAGAACAACAGCGAUCAAAACACGAUCCUGCAGCUGGAUUUUAAUUUGAAAUAUCAGCGCGAAGGAAGGUGUGUUGACCCAGGGUAAUAUCUAAAACCUGAAUGACACUGGCUCUUGAGGCUGGAGUUCUCCACACCUGGAUUAGAUGAAAAUAUGGAGGAUGAUGAACUUCCGUCAGAGGAUGGGAUGGGUGGGUGUGGCUUUCUACUUGCUGCUCAGCGUCAUGGCGGCGUACUACAUCUUUGAGGUCCACAGCUUUAGUUUGGAACGUGUGCAGAGAGCAGGUACCAGCCCAUCGGCUCCACCUCCCGCUAUCACUGUCCAUGGGUCACCACUUCCUGCGUGGAUGUGGGCAUUGAUCUUCCUGCUGCCAUACUUGCAGCUCUUCCUCUUCUUGUUCUCAUGCACAAGGACGGACCCCCGCGCUGUUGGAUACUGUGUGCUUCCUGUCUGUAUCGCCCUUCUGUACAGCCGCCGCCAUGCUGCCAAACUGGCCAAUCACAGGGCAGCAGGAUCGCUCAUUGACACGUAGGGGAUAACCAAUCAGAGCCUCCCACGUGAUGAGGGGUGGGAUGACAGCAGGACUAGUUUGUGAUGUCACUUCCUGUGUGCCUUUUAAACACUCCUACAAGUUUUGCCCUGAUUGCGGCCUGACAGGAAGUUCUGCUGCUCUCAGUACAGACUCACAGCACCCUGUGAAAAAGCCCCUCCCACCAGUGGCAGCCAGUCUUUUUCCUGUUUUUUUUUUUUUUUUUGUUUUGUUUUGUUUUUUACUGUUGUGACAUCAUGGUGAACCCUGUGUUGUGAUUUGUUGCCUGGCUGUGAGUCACUUUAUUUUCAUUAGUUAUUUGUUUACUGACAAUGCAGUGAUGUUGCCAUGGUUACCCGAUACAUUAUUUAGGUUAAGGUUAACUGAAAACCUCACAGCUGACAGCCAAUCAGUGAGCAGGAUUCCUCCGAAAUGUGGUACUUUUCUCUAUUUAAUGAGUCACAUGAAACACUGUUUACCUUGACAUCUUUAUUGUGUCGUCAAUUUAAAAAAAGAAAAAUCAAUGUGAAAGUGUUCUCAGGUGUUUCAGGUUCGUGAUCUUUUUGAGGGAGGAUGCACUUCACAGUUCUCUUCUUCCUCAGCUUUCUCGUCUUCUUCACUGCUGUCUUCUUCGUCCUCAUCUGUGACAGGUGAAACAGAUAGAUGAUGAUUCUACAUUGAACCUGGAGCAUCAGACACCUGCAGUAACCAGCAUCCUGCCAAUUCACCAAUCAAAGCGAUCAAUCCACCAACAAUAAGUCUUCAGUGACAAUAUGAGUUAGUGAUUCUGAUUGUUUGAUCAGGUGAGACAGGUGCUGACAUUCAUCAGUGCUCAUAUUUAUUUAUUUAUUUUUUAAAUGAAACCUUUAUGAAGUGAAAACAAACAUUGACAAAAGGACACAGACAGAGGUCAGUGCUCAGGUGUGUACUGGUACGAUUAUGUUUUAAACAUUGUUUUUUUUUUUUUUUUUUUUUUUUCUGAGAAUAAAACAAAGCAGCUGUACGUAGAUCUGUGUUUGUGUCAUUAAUCAUCAGCACAAACUCCGGAUCAGAUUGUGGAUGUUCAGGAUGAGGUUGUUGUCUAAGCACCACUGUCUAAAGUGUUGGAUCUCCUUUGUAGUGCUAACCAAAAUAAGCCAGUGUGAGCUCAGGUUCAAUGUUUCAACUCAAUUUUUGGAAGUGUCUCGCAGGGCAAUUUUUUCUGUGUUAAGGUUGUGCAAUUUGCAGUAAACAAUGUGCUCAGAAUUGUGUGACUUGUUUAAAUACUCUUCUGUUGAAAGUGAAAGGCUUACAAAUACAUAUGCAUAAGUCCAAAGAUCCUCCUGUUCACAACUUUCAAUCACAAUCUGACUCUGAGCAUCUUUAAUACAUACAGCAGAUUUUUAACAAAAAGAAGUCUUUGCGCUCUGCAGACAUCA